AUGAAGAUAUUAUUAUCACUAAUAAUCAUAUUUUCAUUAUUAUUUUCAAUAGGAUAUUGUGAUAACUAUUUUAAAAAAAAUAAUGAUCAAGAAUUUAAUUCAAAAAGAGAAUUAGUUGAAAAAGAAAGAGAUGAAUUUAAUAAAGAUAUUGAAUCAUUGUACAAUACAUUUAAAAAGUUUAUAUUAGAAACACCAAUAAAUAGUUAUUUAGAUAAAAUAGAGAAAAUAAUUGAAGAUGCUAAUAAAAUUGAAAAAGAACAGGCUAUUAGAUAUCAACAAAUUGAAAAUCAAGAGUUAUUAGAAGAAUUUAAACAACAACAAAAAGAACAACAAAAAAAUAGUGACAAUAAUAAUGAUAGCAAUAUUAAAGUGAGUAAUAAACAAAUAAAAGGUACUCAAUCAACUUCAAAUGAUAAUAUUGGGUUGAGUUCAACAACAACAACCUUGGAAGAUUUAUUAUUUGAUUCAUUAGGUUUAAAUUCUGAAAAAAUGCAAAAACUUUUAAUUUCAUUAUCACUAGGCGCAGGUGGUAAUCGUUCGCCACAAGAUAAUCAAAGACAACAACAACAGCAUCAUCACCAACAUCAAAGACAACAACAAGAACAACAACAAAAUAAUGAAGAAUUUGUAACACAAACACCAGAACAAACAUCAAGACAACAUCCAACAUUACAGCAAUUACAAGAAGAACAAGCAAGAUUACAAGAAUUACAAGAACAACAACAACAACAACAACAACAACAACAAAAUCCAAAAGAAACUCGUCAACAAGAGGAAUUACAAAUUCAACAAAACCAACAAUGGUUACAAGAACAAUUAACUCGUCAACAAGAAGAAUUGAAACUUCAACAAGAGGAAUUAAAACGUCAACAAGAGAUUGAUCAUCAACGUCGUUUAGAAUUUGAACAAGAAUUGGAGAAAUUUAAAAAAGAUCAAGCUGAAAGAGAUGCAAGAGAUCAAAAAGAGAAACAAGAAAGAGAAGCAAGAGAACAAAAAGAGAAACAAGAGAGAGAAGAAAAAGAGAAACAAGAAAAGGAGGAGAAGGAAAGAAAAGAAAAGGAGGAGAAGGAAAGAAAAGAAAAGGAGGAGAAGGAAAGAAAAGAAAAAGAGGAAAAAGAUAAACAAAGACAAAAUUCUUCACCUGCAUUCUCCUCAAAUGAUGUUAAUACUGGUGGCGCUUCUGAUGGUGGUAUAGUUAUUCAUGUACGUGAACCAUCAUCAGAAGGUAUCUCUGAUUCUUUGGCAGAUGAAAUAUUGGGUUUUUUCAAUCAUUUAAUUCAUGAUCGUAUACCUUCUCGUAAUCAACCAAAAGAAGACUCAUUUGAUAAUAUUCCAAACACUGAAGAUACUUCAAAUCCUGAAUUAUCACCAAUUUUAAAUAAAAAAAAAAUAAUAGAAAAAAUUUAA